AUGGUCCGAGUGAGUAACAAUUUGGUUGGCAUUCUCAAUCUGAUCACACUUUUGCUGUCAAUUCCCAUCAUAGGAGGGGGAGUAUGGCUCUCAAAGCAAGCCAACUCAGAGUGCGAGCGAUUUCUUGACAAGCCAGUAAUAGCUUUAGGAGUCUUUAUUCUGCUGGUUUCAAUUGCAGGUUUAGUGGGUUCUUGCUGUAGGGUUUCAUGCCUUUUAUGGGUCUAUUUAGUGGUCAUGUUCUUGUUGAUUCUUCUUCUGUUUUGCUUCACAAUCUUUGCAUUUGUGGUGACAAAUAAAGGGGCUGGUGAGGCACUUUCAGAUAGGGGGUAUAAGGAGUAUAGAUUGGGGGAUUAUUCAGAUUGGCUACAGAAAAGGGUUACUAAUGGCAAUAAUUGGAAUAAGAUUAGGAGUUGUUUGCAGGGUAGUAGGAUUUGUCAGAGACUUCUUGAUCAUGGGUCAUCCACAAAAAUUGAAGAUUUUUACGGACAACACCUCUCUUCCCUUCAGUCUGGUUGCUGUAAGCCUUCUAACGACUGCAAUUUCCAGUACAUUAGCCCAACAAACUGGACUCAGGCACCAACCUCAUCCUUCACUAAUCCCGACUGCACUGCCUGGAGCAAUGAUCCGAAUAUCUUGUGCUACAACUGCCAAUCAUGUAAAGCAGGGAUGUUGGACAACAUCAAGAGUGAUUGGAAGAGAGUGGCUCUUAUCAACAUCAUUUUCCUCGUCUUCCUCAUUAUUGUGUACUCCGUUGGAUGCUGUGCAUUCAGAAACAACCGGGAGGACAAUUCAUGGAAACAGUUUGGAUAUGAAGAACUCAAUGCAGACACAACAAGAAGUGCUCCCAACAGUGAAAAAGAUGAACAAUUAUUGGUGCAGCCAAGAGAAGAAGAAAAGAUUGAGCAGUGA